UCUAGGAAUGUAUGUUGAGAAACGAAAGCAAGCUACAGUAAUAUGGAAAGCAAAAACGACAGGUUAUCCAAAUAUCUGCCAAUGUAGGCAAAGCCUACUUAAUCAUCGUCGUUGAUGGAAGAAUGUUGUUGAAACAGCACAUGAGAGUCGCAGUGUUCCUUUGACGCGCCCGUUUAGGUUUCCAGACAAUCGAAUUUGGGAUUGUUGUUUUCGUGCUGGUGGUUCUCCUAAAGAAAGAAACAUGGCGAGAGGAAAACCCACUGAACCAGAAUUUGAUGUGAACACACAGACAGUCGUUAGCCUUUAUCUAGUGUGACGAGGGAUUUUCUGGACGACCGCACCAUGGCCCACUUCGACACGGAGUACCAGCGUCUGGAGACGUCAUAUAGCGACUCUCCUCCAGGCGAAGAGAAUCUACUAGUCCACGUUCCGGAGGGUACGAAACCACAAUGGCACCAUAUAGAGAACCUGGAUCUGUUCUUCCAGAGAAUCUACAAUAUGCACCAAAAGAAUGGAUUCACAUGUAUGCUGAUGGGAGAAAUAUUUGAGCUUGUGCAACUGGUGUUUGUUGUGGCAUUCACUGUGUUCUUGGCAAACUGUGUAGACUAUGACAUCCUGUUUGCGAACAAGUUUGUGAACCACACAGAUUCAGCAAAGGUCACGCUACCUGACGCCUUCCUACCAGUGGAUGUGUGCAGCGCUCGAAUCCGUGACAAUGUGGCCGUCAUCUUCAUCAUUGUCAUUUCUGGAGUGUUCUGGCUCCACCGUCUCACCAAAUUUAUUUACAACAUUUGUUGCUACUGGGAGAUCCGCUCCUUCUACAACAAUGCCCUCAAGAUGUCCAUGGCGGACCUCCCGUACUAUACCUGGCAGGAGGUGCAGGCGCGCAUCGUGGAGAUCCAGAAGGAGCACCAGAUCUGCAUCCACAAGAAGGAGCUGACCGAGCUGGACAUCUACCACCGCAUCCUGCGCUUCAAGAACUACAUGGUGGCCAUGGUCAACAAGUCGCUGCUGCCCGUGCGCUUCCACCUGCCCAUGCUGGGCAACUGGGUGUUCUACACGCGCGGCCUCAAGUACAACUUUGAGCUCAUCUUCUUCUGGGGCCCCGGCUCGCUCUUCGAGAACGAGUGGAGCCUGAAGACCGAGUACAAGCGCGGCGGGAACCGCUUGGAGCUGGCCGACCGGCUGAGCUCGCGGAUCCUCUGGAUCGGCAUCGCCAACCUGCUGCUGUGCCCGGUCAUCCUGGUGUGGCAGAUCCUCUACGCCUUCUUCAGCUACACGGAGGUGAUCAAGCGCGAGCCGGGCAGCCUGGGCGCGCGCUGCUGGUCGCUGUACGGCCGCUGCUACCUGCGCCACUUCAACGAGCUGGACCACGAGCUCAUGUCGCGCCUCUGCAAAGGCUACAAGGCCUCGUCCAAGUACAUGAACUGCUUCAUGUCGCCCGUGUUCACCGUGGUGGCGAAGAACGUGGCGUUCUUCGCCGGCUCUCUGCUGGCCGUGCUCAUCGCGCUGACCAUCUACGACGAGGACGUGCUGGCCGUCGAGCACGUGCUCAGCAGCAUCACCCUGCUGGGCGUCUGCGUCACCGUCUGCAGGUCUUUCAUUCCAGACAAGCACAUGGUGUUCUGCCCAGAGCAACUGCUGAAGGUGAUCCUGGCCCACAUCCACUACAUGCCCGACCACUGGCAGGGCAAUGCCCACCGGUACGAGACUAGAGACGAAUUCUCACAGCUCUUCCAGUACAAGGCGGUGUUCAUCCUGGAGGAGCUGCUGAGUCCAGUCAUCACUCCGUUCAUCCUCAUCUUUUGCCUCCGCCGCAAGUCCCUGGAGAUCAUCGACUUCUUCCGCAACUUCACCGUGGAGGUGGUGGGGGUCGGAGACACCUGCUCCUUCGCCCAGAUGGACGUGCGCCAACACGGGCACCCUGCGUGGAUGUCCGCGGGCAAGACGGAGGCGUCCAUCUACCAGCAGGCAGAGGACGGGAAGACGGAGCUGUCGCUCAUGCACUUCGCCAUCACCAACCCGCACUGGCAGCCCCCGCGCGAGAGCACCCACUUCAUCAGCCAGCUCAAGGAGAAGGUGCACCGCGAGGCCUCUGUCAGCCACCAGGGGGCAGUAGGAGACAGCCACGCAUUCACCUCCAUCCACUCGCUCCAGUCAGAGGAGCCCCGCAGUCUCAUCGCCAACCUGCUGUCAGGGCCUCCUCCCCUGGCCUCCCUGCACUUGGGCCGUGACGGCUCGUUGGCCAAUCACGUGUCGGUCGGCCUUAGCGACGGGGGAGCGCCAACGCUGCGCUCGCUCUCGCCACUCAGCGGGAGCCUCCACAUGCGCGGCAGCUACCCGUCGUCCCACCGGCCCCGCCCCGACCACCCCGCCGUGUCCGCCAGCCGCGCUAUGGCCGGAUCAGGCACUGAUGCUCGCACAGUCAGCUCUGGAAGCAGCGCUUGGGAGGGUCAGGUGACCAGUAUGGUCCUAUCAGAGUACGCCUCCACAGAGAUGAGCAUCCAUGCCCUCUACAUGCAUGAGCUCCACAAGCAGCAGUCUCGCGGCGAGCUCUCUCGCCACACGUGGCACCGACAGGAGAGCGACGAGAGCAGCGAGAGCGUCAUCGACGACGUCGAAGCCCCGCGCAACAUGCCACGCUCCAACACCUUCCCCUGCACUGCCACUCCACACCAGGAGGGGGCCGCACUACAGAGCAGCGGCCAGAGGCGCUAUGGGGGAACCACAGAUGCGUUGAGCGGAGCUAGCAGGAGCCAGCGGUCAGCCCGCGUGGCCAUGGGAGGCUGGGUAGAGGAGAUCCAGCCGGGUCGGCACCACGAGCCAGUGCCCGAGGAGGGUUCUGAGGAUGAAUUACCACCACAGAUCCACAAGGUCACAUAAUCUGUGGGUCAUUGAUAUCUGAAGACAAAAAAGGGAACUACACUGACAUCAGAUUCACACUGACUUGGAUUUCUAUUUCUCAGAAGGAUGAAAUAUUUAUCUCACCAUUAUCGUGCAUAUUUAUCACUAGCCACGAUGUGCCAUUUCUGCUCAUUACAAUUGAGAUGGGUGAGAAGAUGGCUGACAUUAGUAAAGCUGAGAGGACAGACUAGUAGACCUGCACAAAGCCUUCUCCAUUUCAUACACAAGCCACUGAAUCUUGAGCUAGAAAAUGGAACUGGACUUCACAUAUGAACAACUGACAGGAAUAUGUAUCACACUGUAGCAGGAACAUGUUGGUGUCAUUUCUAAGCUAUUCAAGAUGAACCAUUUGAAAAGAACUUGACAUCUUCAUCAGCAUCUCAGCUGAGAACAGUAUGAUCAUAAAUACUCAAGACCCUGCUAACUAAUUACUCUCAACAUACAGCUAUUUUCAGUUGAGUCCCUGCUUUGUUAACUGCUUUCAGUUGAUACUUAUGCUGGCAUAAAGAUUGGCAGAAAUUCCUUACCCUAAAGUUAUGACAUUGGACACAGACAUUUGAAAUACCAUUAGCCCCUACCAUUAAAGGACACUGGCAGGAAUCUAUCGGUGUAGGGAAUUGUGUUUUUGCACUAUAGAUUUGUGAAUAGGGAUAGAUUUAAGAUAUGUGAUUUACAUGCAUCUUUACAGUAUAAACAGGAACACAACGCUGAGAGGAAAGCUCGUUAACUUUAUCCUAACAUGAUUUUGCUCAGGUGUGUUUUGGCAGUCAAUCACCAAAUCACAUACAGGAGAAAGAUUCUGCAUUGUAUAUAUUCAUCCUGGUGUCAUAGUGGUUUGAAAAUGAGUGUUCAGGUUCUUGUAAUAUGGGGCUAAACAAUGUAAACAUGAUUAAAACAAAGUGUUUUGGUUUUUUUUAAAAAAGAAAAAAAAUAUUCAUCUAAUCUAGUUGGAAUGUGCCUGUUUCAUUUGCUGGCAAAAAAUACAUUGACAGGAAUGUCCACAAGUGUGCCACGCUUAGCUUAAGCACAACAUAACACUGACCUGAGAUCAGGGGGGUAUUCCAAGUACGUGGUUUAGUGACAAACCUAGGUAAGUUAACUCUGAGUAAGUGGUAAACCUCCUAAUAGAAGAGCUGAAUGGAUUCAUUCGCCUAACAAAAACAAUGCCAUAUAGGGGUCUUGUUGUAGGAGGUUUACCACUUACUCUGAGUUAACUUACCCAGGUUUAUCACUAAAUCACAUACUUGGAAUACCGCCCAGAGGUAAAAUGAGGCUGUCAGAUUAGACAAUAUCAAGCACCCCAGCAUGGCACUAGAGGCCUGUGCCACUCAACAUGCAUGCUUUUCUCUGACUUACUGUUUGCACACUUUUAAAGAGAUUGCACUUUAAAAGGUUUCUCAAUCCAAAGGACAUUUGAGUCAAUUACUCAUAGGGUUUUUUCGUCUCCUUAAUUUGUUUUCUUAACUUCCAUUUAGUUAGGGUGUUUUUUUUAAGGGUUGAACAGAAGUGUGAGUGUGUGUGUCUGUGUGUCUGUCAUCCAGGGAAUGAUUUCAGAGCAUGCAGAUUAGACAAACCUGGGUAAUUUAACUCUGAGUAUUUGGUAAACCUAAGAAAAGAGCCCUAUGACUUCACUCUCCUACCAAAAGAAAGCCAGUUUUUUCUUCAGGAGAUUUACUACAGAAUUUUGAUUUAACCUACUCAGGUUUAUCUCUAAACCAAGUACUCGGGAUCUCCUUUUAUUAGCGUAGACUCAGGACGUAGGAAGCACAGAAGUGGACCGGGAUGGCGUGAGGGUGGGGGACAGGGACAUGUUUAUGUUGUCAUGUUUGAAUGAAAUCAUUUGAGCUUAUUUCAGGCAAGAAAGAGAAACCUCUCAAUUCAAGCAGACAAUUGCACACAUUGUGGAGCACAGGGGCCUGUAAAGGAUUACAACAGAAAUGAUAGUAAGUUUGGAGGUAGCUACAGUGGACUAGUUACGUGUAGGACUUGUUCGUUUGUCCCUAUCCUCCCCAGAAUUCAUGUAGAAUUAUUUUAUGUACAGAUUGUUUUUUGUUUUUUUUAAAAUAAACAAAUAUAUCAUGUCAUGUACAGACCACUAGACAGUUCCUUAUUACAGACAGGCAAAUGUUUGAACAUGGCUUUCACAGCAGAAUGUUUCCAGUGACCAUGCAUGACCAUUUGUUCUUAGACUGUACAGGAGAUUGUCAAUAGUCUAUCACCCAAUAAACACAGACCAGAUGGAAUCAAUCUGUAAGAUUUUAUUUAAGAGUGUUUUUUCCAGCAUUUUGUGUUGAUUUUGGUUCAUUUUAGCUUUUCUUCACAGAUUUUUCUGUAUGACAUUUUGUACAGUUGUAAAUUCAUCAAUAAAUUGUAUUUCGUAAAUCGUUAAAA